AUGAUCAAGGUCAUCAAGCAUGCUUCUGUCAUGUCGCGAAGCCUUUCCUUACUGCUCUUGACCCUCGCAAAUCUACUGAUACCCAUAUCUAUCUUUAUCUUUGCAACCGGUUUCUUUCCUUACAAACCUUUUAUACCAGGCAGGGCCACCUUCCAGGACCCGAACAAUGGCGGCCAACUUGCAUCAGCACCGUUCGACAAGGUCAUAUUCAUGGUGGUCGAUGCGCUCAGAAGUGACUUCGUCUACUCUCCCGAGUCGGGCUUCAAAUUUACUCAAGCCCUCAUAAGAUCCGGCGCUGCCAUGCCUUUCACCGCCCAUGCAACUUCGCCUACCAUUACCAUGCCCAGAGUCAAAGCAAUCACCACCGGAUCCAUCCCCUCCUUCCUUGAUGUAAUUCUCAACUUUGCCGAGUCGGACACGACUUCCAAUCUUGCAAGUCAGGAUACUUGGCUCGCUCAAUUGAAGGACAAGCAAGGAGGAAAGCUGGUCAUGUAUGGGGACGAUACCUGGCUGAAGUUGUUUCCCGAUACCUUUCUUCGUGUCGAUGGUACUUCAAGCUUUUUCGUAUCGGAUUUUACCGAAGUAGAUCAUAAUGUGACGAGGAACAUUCCGUCAGAGUUGAAGCGGAGCGACUGGAAUGGCAUGAUCAUGCAUUAUCUAGGCCUUGAUCACAUUGGGCAUAAAUCCGGACCACGAAGUCCUCACAUGGUUCCGAAGCAGUCAGAAAUGGAUGGCAUUGUCGAACAGAUAUACAGAGCAAUUGAGACGGAGGAACAUCUCCACUCCACGCUCUUUGUCCUGUGCGGCGAUCAUGGCAUGAACGACGCUGGGAACCAUGGGGGCUCGGCAGAAGGCGAGACCUCUCCAGCACUGGUAUUCAUGUCCCCGAAGCUUCAAACCAUUUCCCAAGGCUCCGAAUCCCCGGUCGCCUUGCCCGAAGCCACGUUCAGCUACUACAACACGGUAGAACAGUCCGAUAUCGCCCCCACUCUUGCUGGCUUACUGGGCUUUCCAAUACCGCUCAAUAACUUGGGCGUGUUCAUACCAGAUCUCCUGGGCUUUUGGGAAAAAGGUUGGUGA